UACAAUGCCAACCUUUGGCAGGGGUGAAGGAUUAUAUUAGGCAGAUGUACUUUGAGGAAGAAAUCCUAAUUGGCAAUGGAGAAACAAAUAGCCAUUGUUGGAGCUGGUAUCAGUGGCCUUCUUGCCUGUAAGUAUGUCCUGUCAAAAGGUUUCCAUCCCAUUGUUUUUGAAGCUCAAAGUAGUGUUGGAGGAGUUUGGACCAAAACUAUAGAGACUACUAAGCUACAAUCUCCUACACCAGCAUUUCAAUUCUCAGAUUUUCCAUGGCCAUCUUCUGUCACUGAUCUAUUCCCCAACCAACAUCAAGUCCUUGAUUAUCUUCAAUCUUAUGCGCAUCACUUUGACUUGCUUAAGCACAUCAAGUUCAAUACCAAGGUUGUCGGCAUUGAAUAUGAAGGUGCAUCCUAUGAAGAGAUCGAGUCUUGGAGUUUAUGGAAUGGCAAUGGUCAACCCUUUAGUUCUCAAGGGAAAUGGAAGGUUGUAGUAGAAGACAUACAGAAACAAUCAACUGAGGUUCACCAAGCUGACUUUGUAGUUCUCUGUGUGGGGCGAUUCAGCGAUGUUCCACACUUCCCAGAAUUUCCUCCAGACAUGGGUCCUGGAGCAUUUCAUGGCAAGGUGAUACACUCCAUGGACUAUGCCAACAUGGAUAAUGAAGUUGCUGCAAACUUAGUCAAAGGGAAAAGAGUUACUGUUGUUGGGUUCCAGAAAUCUGCAAUGGACAUUGCAAUGGAAUGCACAGCAGCAAACGGAGUGGAACAUCCAUGUACAAUUAUAUACAAAACUGAACAUUGGCAUGUUCCUGAUUACUUUCCCUGGGGGGUGUCUUUAGCAUACUUUUACAUGAACAGAUUCUCAGAACUUUUGCUUCAUAAACCUGAAGAAGGAUUCCUUCUAAAUCUCUUGGCAACAAUGCUUUCGCCACUGAGAUGGGUAUAUGCAAAAUUUGUUGAAAGUCACAUUUAGAAGAAGCUUCAGUUGGGCAAGUAUGGAAUGGUGCCAAAACACAGUUUCCUUCAAGAUAUAAGCUCAUGUUUGAUCUCAAUAGUGCCUGAGAAGUUCUAUGACAGAGUUGAGGAGGGGAGCAUCGUUUUGAAGAAAUCUCAAAGCUUUAGUUUUUGUGAAAAUGGCAUUUUGGUUGACGGAGAGACUCCACCUCUGAAGACAGAUUUGGUCAUAUUGGCUACAGGAUUCAGAGGUGAUAAAAAGCUCAAAGACAUUUUUGUGUCCCAGACUUUUCAAGACUACAUAGCAGGCUCUCCAAAUGAAAAACUACCGCUCUACAGGGAAAUGAUUCAUCCCCAAAUUCCUCAAUUAGCAGUGAUUGGAUUCUCAGAAAGUCUUUCAAACUUGCUAGUCUCAGAGAUGGGAUCUCGAUGGCUAGCGGAGCUUCUUCACGGCACAUUCAAGCUACCAAGCAGAAAAGAAAUGGAUAUGGAUACAAAGGAAUGGGAUAAAUGCAUUAAGCAAUACUCUGGCCCUUACUACAGGAGAUCAUGUUUAGCUGUCCAACAAAUAUGGUACAAUGAUCAACUCUGCAAGGACAUGGGAUGGAACCCAAAGAGAAAGAAAGGAUUCUUUACUGAAUUGUUUCAGCCAUAUGGACCAAUGGAUUAUGUUUCAUCUUCACGAAGCAAACCAAUUGAGUCUUGAAUAUUGCUGUAUUUACUUUCAAAAUUUCAGCACGAUGACUAUUUGGAAUUGUUAAAGUUUGUGUCUUUCAACUCA